AUUAUUAUUAUUAAUUGUGCCAUCUGUCGCGAUUUCACUACAGUUGCUUAAAUUUCAUCCACUUCUAAAAUUCGUACGCACACGCAUACGAAACAUAGCUGCAAAAAAAUCGGAAUAGGGGAUGUAAAAAUGAAGGAAAAGCAUCUGGAUUUGGUGCUAGUGCCCUUGGGAAUGGGGAUGCUUUUGUUUUAUCACUUUUGGCUACUCUUCACAAUCACACGCAACCCCACGCGAACUGUGAUUGGUUUGAAUGCUGAGAGCCGCCGCAAAUGGGUCUUCUCCUUGAUGGAUGAUCCACUUAAAAACGGUGUUUUGGCAGUCCAAACGAUACGAAACAAUAUAAUGGCAUCGACACUUUUGGCGACCGCAGCCAUUACUCUGAGCUCGUUGAUAAGUGUAUACGUCAGUAACAAAUCGAGCUCUCCGUCUUCGGGAUUCGUGUACGGAAAUAAAAGUCAACUGAUGUCUUCCGUAAAAUUAUUCGCUAUCUUGGUAUGCUUUCUCGUUGCGUUUCUUUGCAACGUGCAGUCUAUUAGGUACUACGCCCACGUCAGCUUUCUCGCCACUGUGCCUGCGUAUCAAGAUAGAAAAGAGGCUAUCGAGUACGUGGCCCGACACUUGAACAGAGGAAGCUUCUUUUGGUCGCUUGGGCUACGAGCAUUUUACCUCUCGUUUCCUCUGUUUCUGUGGGUUUUUGGACCGAUUCCCAUGUUUGUGUGUUGCUUUACGAUGAUAUUUGUUCUGUAUUUCUUGGACACCACAUCAAACUUUACGAGGGAGAUGCACAGUCAUUCGAUUAAAGAGGAAACCGUCGGUGGAGAUGUCGAGUCGAUUGUAUAAAAUUGAUCGUUCUUGAUUUCGAAUGUGUGUUGUUCAUUUACUUGCCGAGUACUUAUGUACAUGGUAUACUCAUCCAAGCACUUGGAUUCUUUGUUUCGUUGGAUAUAUUGUUCUUAAAAUUUGUAGUGAAGUCUUUUUUAGUGU